AUGGCAGAAGCCCUUGGAAUCGUCGCGAGUGUUAUCGCGGUUCUUCAGCUCACCACCAGUGUCACUGGGUACUGCUACAAGUAUAUUAGCACCGUUAUAACAGCUCCCAUGGGGAUUGAAAAGAUGGCCGCCGAGCUAUCUGCCAUCAACAUUCUCCUCCGAGCGAUCAAGGCUGAAAUUAUAAAAAGUGGAGGCUCACCUAAUACUCCCUCGAACCAGGUGGCCUUCACCGCGGAGAUAGAAAAGAUACUUCCCGGGUAUGAACAGGAGCUAAAUGAGCUGUUAUUGCUGUUCCGGGAAAGAGACUCAAGUGUAGCGAGGAGGUUACAGAGCCGGUUUUCCUGGCCAAUAAAGACGGCGGAUAUAGAGAGGGAGAUUGGAAGACUCCGGAGAUAUAAGGAUCUUUUUCAAUUCGCUCUUACUCUGGAUAUUGCGAAGAUGACUAGAGUUAUUGAGAUCUAUUCCCGGAAUGUAGAUCGAAGUGUAAAGGAGAUCCUGUCUACUGUAGAGAAGGAGUAUACCAUUCAAAGACAAAAAGAGGCUCGGGAGGAGAGCGAUCGACAUACACUUAAAAGCAAGGAUGUUUUCAAGUGGCUUUUCCAAGGUCAAUGGGACAUCAAACAUACAGACAUCCAAAAAAGGCAACAUCCUGGAACAGGUCUCUGGCUCUUACGCCAUCCACAGUUUAAGUCCUGGCUGGACGGUACAGAGGGCCAGAUAUUGUGCGGAUUUGGCAUACCUGGGGCGGGAAAGACGGUAAUGAGCUGUAUUGUUAUUGACCACAUUAAAGACCGAAUCCUAUCGCUUCCGAACUGUUCCCUCGGUUAUAUCUACUUCAGCUAUCACGACCAAGCCCAGAAAACACUUGAGAAAGUCCUUCGGAGCCUCAUCCAACAACUCUGGCGUAGAUCCACGUCGCCAAACGGGGAAAUCCCGAAAGCUCUUGAGCGGCUAUAUGACCGAUUCAACGGUACUCCUGAGGAGGGCCCAUCCAUAUCAGAACUAGAACAAGCGCUACUAGAUAUAAAAAAUGAGUUUACUGUGGUUUAUUUUGUCUUUGACGCUUUAGAUGAGUUCGACGAGGGAAUAGAACGUACGCACCUACUUCGCCUAUUUUCUGCCCUUGGGUCCGGCAACGGAAAGGUCUUUAUUACCAGUCGACCCCAUAUACAGGACAUCGUAUGUGCAGCAGAAGCUUGGAACACGAUUGUAAUCGAGGCAAAACAGGACGAUGUCCGCCUAUUCUUGAACGGCACAAUUGAAGUAAAUCGAGGGGCGGGGCGGAUGAUUAGGGGUGAAUUGAGAGAAUUCGUGGUAUCGAGCCUAGUGCACGACUGCAAAGGAAUGUUCUUACUCGCUCAACUGUAUAUCGAACGUCUGUGCCAACAAAUCACCGAAACCCAAGUACGAAAGGCCAUGAUAGAGCUGAAGGCAACUGUUGAAACCGGCUCUAAAGACGCUCUGCAAGAGUGCUAUGAUCAUGCUAUGGACAGGAUUCGCAGGCAGAGUCCGUCUCGUGUGGCUCUCGCCCAAAAGGUACUUGUAUGGCUUGUGAAGACCAAGUUGAAACCGAACAUUGACGAGCUUCGGGCAGUUUUAUCUGUUGACGAUGAUAUGACGACGAUUACAGAAGCCGAUAUGCCUGAGGCUGGUCUUCUGGUUGAGGUAUGUGCGGGGCUAGUCACUAUUGAACACUCAAGCAAUAGCGUUCAAUUCGCGCACCAUACAGUGGAGGAAUACCUGGAGACUAAAUUCAUUGCCGAUAUGUCGCUUGUUUCCGAGAUGAUCUUGGUUUCAUCUAUAAACUACCUGAGAGUGACUGGCAGCACCUGCUGUGACCAAAUGACGUUUGACAUAUUGAACAAUCUGGAUUACUAUGUGGUCAACUGUAACCAGGAUCGUCACACAGAUAUUUUCAUUGGCCUAUUGGAGAGCAAGCUCUACGGGAAAUGGUUCCUCUGGAGCUCGGAAGUAUACUCGCCAUUAGUACAGGCAUGUUGGUGGAGGCAUCUUCCAUCCGUCGAAUACUUUCUCCGUAAAGGGGAGUCCGUCUACAAAACAGUUGGGAGAGGCCUGACACUUCUAGAUUACGCGUGCUUAGCAGCCGAUGAGAAGUUGGUUAAGCUGCUGAUCGAUGGAGAUGCAGACGUUAAGAAGGAUGUGCCUGAUGAUGGUACAAUAACUAAAUGUACGAUUAGCGACGAUAUGGACGUGUGGGCUUACGACUGGGCUGAGUACUGGGCCAAAGGAGCUCAGGCAUUGGGGAUAGCCGGUCAACUAGGGGAUCGCAAGAAGUUUGAGGUACUCCAACGGCGUGGAGCUACAUUCUUCUCCGCCAAAAGAUAUAAGAUGGGUCGUAUUCACAUGAUGAUAAGACUUCCGCAAGUACACGUGGGACCAUGGUCCCGAACCCACCCGCCGCUACCAAAUGACUAUGUCAACAUCGUCCGAGCUUUGAUAACGUCCAACGAUCAACUGGAGAGUAAAUUGCGCGACUUAUGCAAGAUCUUUGAAGUUCUCAAAGCGAGAUCAGAGAAUGAUCGAGUAGAGGUUCUAAAGCAUGACUUACCCGCACUGUUAGCAACGCUGGGUACAUUGAUCGCAGAGGGUGAGGACAUCGAAGAGCCAGACUUCGCGGGUCGUACGGCGUUGCACGUGGCUGUUUUCGAGGGGGUCACCGCCAUUGUCAAGGCUUUACUCCAACAAGGUGCGAGUGUUAGUGCGACGGAUUAUGGUCGCAACACGCCUUUGCAUCUAGCAGUGUCCGCACAUUGUGGUCGCUAUCCGAUCGUCGAGAAUCUCUGGCGGGAGCGCGAGGAGAUAGUUGAAGUACUGUUGAACGCCGGUUCUGAUGUGACCACCCGAAACAAUCUUUCGUUGACACCGCUACAUCUUGCGGCUGCUCAUGGGACUAACAAUAUCGUGGAUAAUCUACUCUCCAAAGGCGCCGAUGUGCUCAGUCCGACCUGGAGACUGGAGACACCGCUACAUUUUGCGGCUACCCGGGAGACCAACGACAUCGUAGAUACUCUACUCUCCAAAGGCGCCGAUGUGCACAGUCGAAACCACCUUGGAUGGACACCAUUAUACAAGGCAAUUGCCAAUAAGAGAAUCAAACUUGUAGAAACAUUACUCUCCAGAGGUGCCGACGUACUCAGUCGGAACAAGCAUGGGAAGACAUUAUUGCACAUAGCAAUUUCCAGUAAUUCAAAGGAAAUUGUGGAAAUCUUACUUUCCAAUGGCGCCGACGUACUCAGUCAAGACAUGUAUGGAAGGACAUCACUGCACACUGCAACCUCCGUUGGGGGGAUUGAAAUUGCGGAAGCCUUACUCUCCAAAGGCGCCGAUGUACUCAGUCUAGAUAGGGAUGGAAUGACACCACUGCACACUGCAGCCUCCUUUGGAAAAAUUGAAAUCGCGGAAGCCUUACUCUCCAGAGGCGCCGACGUACUCAAUCAAACCCGCGAUGGGGAGACUGCUUUAAUGAUUGUGCGGAUGAAAAAAGAUAAACUUCCAAAGUCAAAUAUUGGGAUGCACAAGACAUUUUGUCAAAUGGAAGAUUUCUUGUCGCGGAAAGAGCAGGAGGCCAGCGCGGUUGAACAGAUUCCUUGA